GCCGAGCGUCCUUUUGUCAGCGUGCACAGCCAAGAGCGCUCUCAUUUCCUCCCAGCCUGGUGCGGGAAAUGGAUUUACUGUUGACCGCGGGGUUGUAGGGGACGAGCGAGCGGGAACCCGGCCUUUUGUCACCGAGCAGCGGCCUCAGUGGUCUGUAAUCGCUAGUGACGCGGAGGAGCCGCAGUGCUGGUGGAAUUCCAGGCAGCCCGACCAGAGUGGGGCUGCAGGAUGGGUAGGAAGCAUUGCUCCGCACAUUAGCCUGGGUGCAUUCAUUUACCAGGCUGAGCCACAGAAACCAGGACCAGACGCUCUUCAUUCCGCAGACGAAGACCAGGGAUGGAUGGGAUGCCCUGCUGGAGCUUCGACCCAGAUGCCUGAAGCCUUAUAGAUGUGGUCGGUGUCCCUCGGAGUGGAGCCAAGCACGUAGGCAGAGUGCUGAGAAGUGGCAGCCGGGGACCAGGUUGAUCCAGACCCCUGGGACCCAGGAGUGGAGUGUCGCCCUGCCGGAAACAUGAGUGCAGAGCCUGCCCCCGCCGCCGCCUCCCCGCCGCCCCCCCAGGGGCAGCAGUACUUCGAGCGCUUCUCGGAGGAGGACCCCGAGUACCUGCGCCUCCGCAACCAGGCGGCCGACCUUCGGCAGGACUUCAACCUGAUGGAGCAGAAGAAGCGCGUCACCAUGAUCCUGCAGAGCCCGUCUUUCAGGGAAGAGCUGGAAGGCCUCAUCCAGGAGCAGAUGAAGAAGGGGAACAACUCCUCCAACAUCUGGGCCCUACGGCAGAUUGCGGACUUCAUGGCCAGCACCUCCCACGCAGUCUUCCCGACAUCUUCCAUGAACUUCUCCAUGAUGACACCCAUCAAUGACCUCCACACAGCUGACUCCUUGAACCUGGCCAAGGGAGAGCGGCUCAUGCGGUGCAAGAUCAGUAGUGUCUACCGACUCCUGGACCUCUAUGGCUGGGCCCAGCUGAGCGAUACUUAUGUCACGCUGAGAGUCAGCAAGGAACAGGACCACUUUCUGAUUAGCCCUAAGGGAGUUUCUUGCAGUGAAGUCACAGCAUCCAGCCUGAUCAAGGUGAAUAUCCUGGGAGAGGUGGUGGAGAAAGGCAGCAGCUGCUUCCCAGUGGACACCACGGGCUUCUGUCUGCACUCGGCCAUCUACGCUGCCCGGCCAGACAUUCGCUGCAUCAUCCACCUGCACACACCGGCUACAGCAGCAGUGUCAGCUAUGAAGUGUGGCCUCUUGCCUGUCUCUCACAAUGCCCUGCUGGUGGGGGACAUGGCCUAUUACAACUUCAAUGGUGAAAUGGAGCAGGAAGCAGAUCGGAUCAACCUGCAGAAGUGCCUUGGACCCACAUGCAAGAUCCUGGUGCUAAGAAACCAUGGAGUGGUUGCUCUAGGUGACACAGUAGAGGAAGCAUUUUACAAAGUCUUCCACCUGCAGGCUGCAUGUGAGAUACAGGUGUCUGCUCUGUCCAGUGCUGGGGGAGUGGAAAACCUCAUCCUCCUGGAGCAGGAGAAGCACCGACCCCAUGAGGUGGGCUCUGUGCAAUGGGCGGGGAGCACUUUUGGACCCAUGCAGAAGAGCCGGCUGGGGGAACACGAGUUUGAGGCCCUCAUGAGGAUGCUGGACAACCUGGGGUAUAGAACUGGUUACACAUACCGUUACCCCUUUGUUCAAGAGAAAACGAAACACAAGAGUGAGGUGGAAAUUCCAGCCACUGUCACAGCAUUUGUGUUUGAGGAGGACGGUACCCCGGUGCCCACCCUGAGGCAGCAUGCCCAGAAACAGCAAAAGGAAAAGACCCGCUGGCUCAACACACCCAACACGUACCUGCGGGUCAACGUGGCUGAUGAGGUCCAGAGGAGCAUGGGCAGCCCUAGACCCAAGACCACGUGGAUGAAAGCUGAUGAAGUGGAGAAAUCCAGCAGUGGCAUGCCCAUCCGGAUCGAAAACCCAAACCAAUUUGUGCCUCUCUAUACUGACCCUCAAGAAGUGCUGGACAUGCGGAACAAGAUUCGAGAACAAAACCGACAAGAUAUAAAGUCGGCGGGGCCUCAGUCCCAGUUACUGGCGAGCGUCAUCGCUGAGAAGAGCCGAAGCCCGUCUACAGAGAGCCAGCUGAUGUCCAAAGGUGACGGGGAUACCAAAGAUGAUUCAGAGGAGACGGUGCCCAACCCCUUCAGCCAACUCACUGACCAGGAGCUGGAGGAAUACAAGCAAGAGGUGGAGAGGAAGAAACUGGAACUAGAAGGGGAGAAAGAAGCUGCCCCAGAGGAACCUGGCUCACCUGCAAAGUCUGUCCCUGCUUCUCCAGCUCAGAGUCCAGUGAAGUCAGAGACAAAGAGCCCUGUAGUUUCUCCAUCCAAGUCUUUAGAGGAAGGUGCUAAGGAGACAGAAACAAGCAAAGCCCCUCCAGAACCUGAAACAACACAGCUGGAAGGGGUGGUGGUCAAUGGGAAGGAGGACGCCGAGCAGACCGCAGAGGAGAUUCUCAGCAAAGGCAUAAGUCAGAUGACCACCAACGCCGACACGGAUGUCGAUACCUCCAAGGACAAAACAGAGUCGGUCACCAGUGGCCCCAUGUCUCCAGAGGGCUCCCCUUCCAAAUCUCCUUCCAAGAAGAAAAAGAAAUUCCGAACCCCAUCCUUCCUGAAAAAGAGCAAAAAGAAGGAGAAAGUGGAGUCCUGAUUCACAGCACUCUUGGGCUCCCAUCUGUACCCUCUCUUCUCCCAUCCCCCCUUCCCUUCUCCCAUCUCUUCCCUGGAAGCCCAGGGCUGAGGAGGGAUAGAAAUAGCACCCUGAAUCACACUCUGUGGGAGAACUUAAAGAUCACCCACCCCCCACACCCCCUCAUUCUGCAAUCACCCCAGAGAAAUCAGGUGACUUUACAUGGUUACACAGCUAGAUAGCGGCAGAGCCUGCACUGGACGUCAGGCCUCCUGGCUCCCAGUCCAGUGCUCUUUCCACUGCUCAACACUGCCUAGUUGUGGGCCACCUUUGUGAGGAUGCUUCCCACUGAUCUGAGCCCAGGGCCAGACGUUUAUGGGCCCAGGCUCUUACAGGCUCAGAGAAAUCUGACAAGUGGAGGCUUCCCUUGAGCAAGGUCCCUAAGCUCAUGGGUAUCCAACCUCCUGCUGAUGGAGCCAGCACUGUGUUUGGAAAUCUCCCUCUUUUCGCUCACAGGCUUCCUACCCUGCUGCUCACAACAGUCAGACAAAUUGACCCACCCCCCUCCCAACAGUGGUUAAUCUUCGUCCCCAAGGGCUGCUGGCUUAGCUUGUGCUUCCCCAAACCACUAACCCCAAGCUUUCUUCAUGGAACCUCCUGAGUGAUGGAUAAAAAAGUUCUAAGAGUUGGCAGCAGACACAAGGGCAGACCAGCUCAGCCACAGGAUUGGGAAGCAUUGAUCAUUAGAAGAAAUCAGGAACUUGACUCACUAGAUUGUGCAUCUCAGGCACUUCAGAACUAAAACCCAAUCUAGUUUGGGGGGGGGUGUCUCGUGCACAGGGCAGAAAAUGUUGGGGGAGGGAAUUAAGAUCUGUUGGUUUGGGGUUGUACAAGGUGGAUCAACACAGCACAGGAAAUGCUAUGCUUUUCUAGCUUUGAGUGACACGUGGAGCAAUAUGGCUCUACCCAUCUCAUUCCUGUCUGGAAGUCAGGUGUUUCUUAACUGUCCCUCAAUCCAUUUAUUUGUUUGUUUAUUUACUUAUUUAUUUAUGUAUUUAUUUAUUCAUCACCAGGACUUCACCAUUCUGAAGUGACUUUUUUCAGAUAAAGAGAGGGAGAGACGCCACAGCACCAAAACUUCCUUUAGUGCAGUGGGGACUGGAUUCAAAUCGGGUCUUGUGUGUGCAAAGCUGGCACGCUAUCCAGGUGAUCUAUUCCACCUACACUGUUGCUCCAAUCUAAAAGCACUGAUUCACAGACUAGAGUUGGGAUCUUAUUCUUGAUACCUUGAACUUGGCUCCUUUGAGUCCUGACUGUGGAGGAGAAUAAGCUAAAUCCUUCAUGAUUACUCUUCUUGGAUCAGCUAUCAGAAGAUGCUCAGCAUAACUAGCCCUGUAACUACUGUGCAUCCUGGGGCCUGGCCAUCACUGCAGCUAUUGUCAAAAAUGCCAACACCACCUUUUUUUCAUAUUCUUCCAUGUGACACUGAUUAAUGAGUGUUGGCUUCUAAGAAACUAGACAAUCCAUUCUCUUUAAAGCACAGUGUCUUUAAGAAUAGUCCCCUUCCCUGUCAUUACUAUAAAACUAUGAUUGAAAGUUUUCAAUCAUAGUUUUCCUUUUUUGAGCACUUACUGAGUAUGUAUAUGUAUAUGUA